AUGGAGCGCUCACAGCCAGCCUCGUCCAAUCUGAUGGACAACCACAACCGCCUCGUCGCCGACAUCCUCACCCGCUACCGCACCCUCAUGAUGCUCGCCACCGUCCAAGCAGAACAAGACCGCAACAACGCAAACCCCGAAGCCAUGGCCGUCACCGGCAUCUCCAUCAAAAUGGAAUUCGACGGACUAUACACCUCCAUCAAGGAAUUCCUCACUCUAUCCCGCAAAAUCAAGGAGCUCUGGAUCUUUGGCCCUCUCGGCACCGAGGACAGCGAUCGGAAGGAGAAGGAGGAGCAACUCGAUCAGGAUGUCAACCGCGUUUCGGAACUGCUCAAUCAGAUGGAGGCUUCCAAGAUGAAGAGCCUGGCGGAGAGCCAUGGCGGGACAUGGCAG